GCCCACGCCAUGCCGAGGACAGAGACUCCAGCCUUCUCCGCACGACGCUGUGGAUGCCUCCUCACGACAGUGGAGGAUGAUGGAAAGCCAAGCCCUCAUAGGGUUCCUAUUGUGGAAUUGUCGUCAUUCCCACAAGCAACAUGUGGGCAUGCAGAUGCCAGGGUGAAUGUAAAAAAAUGACUAUUUAGCAGCCAAAUCCUUUUCUUUCUUUGCGCCAAAGAUGGCUCCACCAGUGUCUUUCCUCAGGUCACUCCCCGGAACAGGAUGCGCUUCCCCGCUUUGUCCAUCGGCGUCCUGGCCACAGCCGUCGCCGCCGCCGCCGCUGAGGGCUUCGUCACCGUCGAGGGCGACAUGUUCAAGCUGGACGGCAAGGACUUCUACUUCGCCGGCACCAACGCCUACUACUUCCCCUUCAACGGGGACCAGGCCGACGUCGAGAACGGCAUGCUGGCCGCCAGGGGGACCGGCCUGCGCGUGUUCCGCACCUGGGGCUUCAACGACAAGAACCGCACCUACGACCCCAGAGGCAUGCCACAGUACGGUGGCGAGGGCGCGGGCGCGACGCCGAUGGUGUUCCAGUGGUGGGAGGAGGACGGCACGCCGACCAUCGACGUGUCGCCCUUUGAUAAGGUUGUCAACGCCGCCGUCAAGACCGACAUGAAGCUGCUGGUGGCCCUGACCAACAACUGGGCCGACUACGGCGGCAUGGACGUCUAUACCGUCAACCUCGGGGGCCGCUACCACGACGAUUUCUACACCUCCCCGGUCAUCCGCGAACACUUCAAGCGGUAUAUCAAGGUCUUCAUCACACGGUACAAGGACAGCCCCGCCAUCUUUGCCUGGGAGCUCGCCAACGAGCCCCGCUGUGGUGCCGACGCCACACGAAACCUGCCCCGUAGUCCCUCGGGCUGCACGCCCGAGGUGAUGACCGAGUGGAUCGACCACAUGAGCGCCUACAUUAAGACGCUGGACCCGAACCACCUCGUCACCUGGGGAGGCGAGGGGGGUUUCUUCCACAACUCGACCGACAACCGCUACGACGGCUCCACGGGCGGCGAUUUCGACGCCGAAAUCGCCCUUCCAUCUGUGGAUUUCGGCGUCUACCAUUCCUACCCGGACUGGUGGGGCAAGUCCGUGGAAUGGGUGGAAACCUGGAUCCGAGACCACGCGGCCGCGGGGCGGGCUGCCCGGAAGCCGGUUGUGCACGAGGAGUACGGCUGGAUGACGGACCAGGCGCGGAAAGAGAUUCUCGGCCGCGAGUCCAACAUCACCCGGCUCGAGGCGGUAGGUCGCUGGCAGGCUCUGCAGGUGGCGGAGAAGCAGUCAGACAUGUAUUGGCAAUUUGGCUGGGAGGGGUACUCGUAUGGGAGGAACCACGACGACGGCUUCACGAUUUACCUGGAGGAUAAGGAGGCCCAGGAACUGGUUUAUGCCCAUGCGGCGCGGAUGGACAAGCUUAACGGUGGGAAGUGCAAAAAGAGCAGUGUUGGCGGCAAAUCUAGGUGGGGAAAACAUUGAACGGGUAGAUCUAUAUAAGCACACAAUAGACCCCAUCUUGCACCGUUUGUCCGUCAUAUCAUAUCUAUGCAGCGGCCCGCUUUCCUUUACCCCGCCUUCUCGUUCCUGCUGUCCCUUUUUCUCUGC